AUGGCCUUGGCGCCGGCGGCGUACUAUCGCGACGACCUCGAUCGCACCGGUCGCGCGGCGUUCCGCGUCGGCGACGUGACGUUCCAGGGCCUGCGCACCAUCGCCGAGUACAAAGGCGCGACGACGCCGGAGGAGGUCCAGGCGUGCCACGCGCGCGGCGCGGCGCGCCUGCGGGACCUCGCGGCGACCUACGGCGGCCUGCUGUGCAAGUUCGGCCAGCACGUCGGCUCCCUGCAGUACGUCGCGCCGGACGCGUACACGCGGACGCUGUCGGCGCUCCGCGACUCGCAGCCCUGCAGCGACGACGGCGCCGUGCGGGCGCUGCUCGACCGCGAGCUCGGGCCCGGCGCCUUCCGGGACCUGCGGCCACCGAUCGCGUCGGCGUCCAUCGCCGAGGUGCGCCCCGCGACGCUCGACGACGGGACGGCCGUCGCGGUCAAGGUCAUGCACCCGGCGCUCGAGGCGUCCAUCGCCUGCGACCUCUACGCGCUCGAGGUCUGCUUCGCGCUGUCGCGGCUCGCGGACCCCCGGAUCGCCGACGACUGGGCCUGGCUCCUGCCCGAGUUCCGCGACGGCGUCGAGCUCGAGCUCGAUUUCGUGAACGAGGGCGCGACGGCGGAGCGCGCGGGCGCGCUGCUCGCGCGGCGCCACGGUUCGCGCGUGCGCGUGCCCGCCGUGCACUGGAGCCACACGACGAAGCGCGUGCUGACCAUGGACUACGUCGAGGGCCACCGCGUCGACGACGUCGACGCGCACGCGCGACACGGCGUGGACAAGCGGCGCGUCGGCGACGCGCUCGUGAGCGCGCUGGCGGACCUCGCCUGCGAGCACGGCCUCGUGCACGCGGACCCCCACGGCGGGAACCAGCUCGUCGAGCCGCGGGGCCGCGGCGAUUUUACGCUCUGGAUCCUGGACCACGGCCUCUACCGGAAUCUCGCGCCGGCGACGCGGCGGAGCCUGUGCGGGCUCUGGGAGUCCCUGGCGACGCGCGACUUCCAGAGCGCGACGGCGCACGCCGUGGCGCUGAACUUCGCCGACGAC